AGGAACACCACAACACCAGCUACCAGUAACGCUCAUUCCAUUCGAAUUUUUCGAACCCACGCUCUUUAGAAUGCUUAUUGCUCAGCUGCUCUCACUUUCCGCUCUUGCGGUAGCGCUUCCUGCCGGCCAGGCAGCUUCGUCGACAUGCACCGACCAACGGAAGAGGUUAGAAUGGCGCCAACUUAAUGAUGGAGAUAGGGCUUCUUUCGUGCAAUCCGUUCAAUGUUUGACCACGAAGCCGUCUCGUCUUGAUCUCAACACGACUUUGUAUGACGAUUUUGCCCACGUCCACCAAGCUCUUGACAAGAAGAUUAACCUUGUGGGAAGCUUCCUCCCGUGGCACCGUUACUUUGUCCAUGUCUAUGAAAAGGCCCUUCAAGACUGUGGAUACAACGGCACUGCCACGUACUGGGACUGGACUCUAGACGCCGAGGAUCCCGUUAACUCGAAGAUCUGGGACGCAGAGAGUGGCCUGGGAGGCAAUGGCAAUUCCGACAAGGCCGAAAAGCAUGGAGACAACACUUACAACUGCGUGACCGACGGACCGUUCGCCGACCUCAAGCCGGCUUACCACAACGACGACGAGGAGUCGCACUGCCUGUCCCGCGAGUUUAACAGCGGAUCCGAGAAGCCCGGCGACAUGUUCAAGGAGGAGUACAGCAAGAUGUCGCUCAAGAGGAUUCAAGGCCGUUUCGACUACCAGAAUUUCCGAGUCCAGCUCGAGGAGGGGCCCCACCUCGCCAUCAACACCGGCGUGGGCGGCGACAUGGCGACCCCCACUGCGCCCAAUGAUCCGCUUUUCUUCCUCCACCACGCCCAGAUUGAUCGCCUGUGGUGGGAGUGGCAGCAGAAGCUCCCCUCGCAGCGCAACAAGGAGUACAGCGGCAUCAAAACGCAGGAUGACGACUCUUCGCAAGUCUCCCUUGAUGAUACACUGGAGAUGCUGGGAUUGGCGGAUGAUGUCAAGGUCAAGGAUGUUAUGACUACGGAUACCGACCUGCUUUGCUACAAGUACUAGUGGCUGGUUCUAAUGUUUGAGGCCCUGGUGGUCGUGGGAGAUACCCGAGGCUGAAGGUUUGGCCGCUCUUGAUUAGUUUUUCUUUCGGCUUUGCCGAUUGCUGUUGCAGGCUUGACGUAGCUUAUUCACUCGCUCAAUUAAUCCGCU